AGUCAAAAGAUUUGGGGUCGAAUUGAACCAUACUGGAAAGGUGAAGGAUUACCCAUUUCAAUUACGUAAUUUCAUUUCGAUUUAUUAGGCUAAAAUCGCCACCAAGGGAAUGUCUCAUCUGGUGAAUUUCGACCAGUGUGAGCAAUGUGCUUUUAGGAUUCACCUCUUUGUGGACAUGGGAGUAUCUGCCUGUCUCUUCAACUUAGAUAUCAACUUAGAUAUAUGGGAGUAACUACAUUUAUUAUGAAUUUGCCUGUGAACGUAUUUGCUUUUGAGCCCUUCCAUGCUUUCCUUUUUAUUUUAUUUAUAGAGACCAAUCCAUGGUAGGCUCUUCAAAUCUGUUAAAUGCUGCUCCAGAGCAAAUCAUUGUUUUAAGCUUUGUCCUCUCAAAGUAAAAAACUUGGAUGAAAUGUUGACAUUGCAUGCCAAGAAUCCCAGGAUUAGUGUUCUAAGGGUUAACUUGUCAUUCAAGUGCUUCAUUUUACACAUAUUUCUUAGAAAAGAAUAGUUCCACAUUCAAAUAUGAGUCGUUACUCCUAAUAUAAGUAGCCAACUGGUUACAAGGUAGCACAUAUUUACAGAAUUUGUAUGCCACUAUUGUUCAAGCUGUCAUUAACACUGAGCAGUGUGUACUGAUCUUGUGCAUUCAGUUGACUUGCUAACUUUUGUAGGUGAUGAGCGGUACCGUUGUGCAACCACUGCAAAGAUAAGUGCGAAGGAAAAAAGAAGUUAUGACUUUAUAAUCUGUAAACCGACUACUGAAAAUUACUUGUUGAGAUGAUCAAUUUGUGGAUUCCAAGAGGAUGAUGCUUCGCAUGUUUUCACCUGGAUGCAUGUAUAAUAGACGUGGUUGGAAGGAUUGAAAAUGAAGGACCAAUCAGCCUGACCGUUCUAGAUCGAAACUAUGCCUGACCUCUUGGCUUCAGAGUAUUGAGUAUUCUAUUGAAAUAAAUGUAUUAAUGAUUUUAAUCUUUUAUAUUUGUUAUAUUUGAAACAACUACAGGAAAUCAGAGUUUAUUCCCUUGGUGGAUGCUUAUAAUCAAAUAAUAAUGUAUUAAUGAUAAUAACUUAAGCUUGAACCU